GUCAGGGCGGCGCGGCGCGGCGCGGCGGGUGCUGCUGCUGCUGCUGCUGAAACAAGAUGGCUGUGCGCGCAGGAGGAGCAGCGGAGGAGAGCUGAGGCAAUGCAGAGGAGGAAGAAAAGGGGGGGCGAGGAAUUCACUCCUGUGUGUGUGUGUUGUCCUGCCAAAAGAGCAACAGCUCCGGAGAGCGAGAGACGAGCGCUUUUGAGAUAAUGCUGAUGUGUUUCCGUUACCGUUAAAGGUAACGGUGUGAGUUUUUUUUUUUAGUAACCAAGAGACAAACGGACCAAACAAAUCACGGAGCAUCCAGGCGGGCGCUCAGUAGAGGACAGCCGGGGACGCUCACACCGCUAUCAGAGAUGUCCCUGCUAUGUGUGGGAGUGAAGAAAGCCAAGCUGGAUGGACCCCAAGAGAAGUUCAACACUUAUGUGACUCUUAAGGUACAAAAUGUGAAGAGCACAACCAUCGCUGUCAGGGGCAACUUGCCCAGCUGGGAGCAAGACUUCAUGUUUGAAAUUAACCGCUUAGACCUGGGUCUGACAGUAGAGGUGUGGAACAAAGGGUUAAUCUGGGACACCAUGGUGGGCACCGUGUGGAUUCCCCUCCAUAACAUCCGACAGUCAAAUGAGGAGGGUCCGGGCGAGUGGCUCACACUGGACUCCCAGGUCAUCAUGGCUGAUAAUGAGAUCUGUGGCACCAAAGAUCCCACACUCCACCUGGUGCUGCUCGACACGCGCUUUGAGCUGCCUCUCGAUAUCCCUGAGGAUGAGGCACGAUACUGGGCCAAAAAACUAGAGCAACUCAACGCCAUGAGGGACCAAGAUUACUCAUACCAAGAGGAACAGGAACGUCCCCUUCGUGUACCUGGAACCCAGUGUUGUAAUUGGAGCCUAUGGGGAGACCAACAAAAUGAGGACCCAGACAGCGCCGUGGAUGACAGGGACAGCGACUAUCGCAGUGAAACCAGUAACAGCAUCCCCCCUCCAUACUACAGCACAUCCCAGCCCAACGCCUCUGUCCACCAGUAUCCCAUCAGCCACCAGCACCGCAACUCCAGAAGCUUCUCUUACCCACGCUCGACCAACAGCCACGACCUCGACUACAACCAUCAGAGGACUGUCAGUCCCACAGGGAGCUAUGCAUCAUCUGCAGAGUUGAGUCGAUGCAGUAGUCAGCUGAGUGAGGAGGACUAUGGUGGUGAGUACGGAGAGAGGGACCCUUAUGAUGAAAACGACUCCUACCACUCUUGCCACUCAUCGGUUAGCUACAGUAAGGGCUCUCCCGACUGGGACCCUGAUGAGACUCAGGGGGCGUACAGCGAUGAGGGCGGCUACAGCAAAGACGGAGGUGAGGAGGCAGCCCUGUACGAGGAGGAUGAUGGAGGACUGUAUGAGGGAGAAGAGGAGGGCCUCUAUGAGGAUGACGAGAUGAUGUACGACGAUGAAGAUUUGUACAAUCUGGAUGGUACACUCAGUGAAGACAUGGAGCCUCCAUUCACUCCCACCCCGACAUCAACUGCCCCUCCAACUCUUGAUGUUCCCAGCUCCAGACCUCCACUAGAGAAACAGUCCUCCUUACACCAACAGCAGCCCCCCACUCAACCCUCUAGCCAAACGUCCAACCAGGCUCAUCCUCCUGGCAUGGCCCCUGCAGCACAGCCUCCCUCUGGUCAACAAACAGUCCAACCACCUAAGCAGCCCCAGCCCCAAACACAGCCUCCGCCACAGGCUGCCCCGUCUGCCACUUCCUUCUUCUCAAUGGCCAAACCUCUAACAGCUGCAGUCACAGGCUUGGCUUCUACUUUCCUGUCUUCUGUUCCCACCGGCCAGCCUGCCCAGUCUCACCCCCCAGCCUCAGCUACAUCUCAACAACACCAUUCUGCUGCAGCCAACGCUGUCCCACCAUCCCACCCAGCCACCAUGGCUGCCUCAGCCUCCCAGCCCCCCUCCACUGCCAUGGGCCCUUCCUCCCAACAGACCCCAUCGUCUGCACAGCCUCAGUCCCUAUCAAAUGGUCCUGCCACCACACAGUCAGCUGCCCCUCAGGACCAGGCCCUCCAGCUGGAAGAAGAGCCUUGGCUAGAGGAGGAAAACAUGUUGGAGAAGGAGCCCAGGACACCCCCUGCCCAGCCAGAAGAAAAGUUCCCCAUGGAGGAGGAGGAGGAACACAUUGAAGAGAGCAGACCGCCGACGCCAAUAGAGGAAAUAGAGAUGCCUCCUGAGAGUCCUGCAGUCAAAGAGGAGCCCAAAGAGCCAGUGGAUCCAGCAGUCAGGGCCAAAGAGAACUGGCUAAGACUCUACAACAAGGUCUUGGAACAGCUUCGGGAGGCUCGGGGAGAGAACUCCAAUUCACUGUGGUUUGGUAAAGGAGGGAUGGGAGGUGCACUCUACAGUAUUGACAGCAUGCCGGACCUUCGCAAGAGAAAAGCCAUUCCUCUUGUCAGAGAUCUGGCGAUGUCUCUAGUGCAGAACUCUCGAAAAGCUGGGAUCACCUCGGCCAUGGCUUCCACCACUCUGGGCAAUGAGGAGCUGAAGAGUCAUGUUUAUAAAAAGACCCUGCAGGCUCUGAUCUACCCCAUCUCUUCCACUACCCCACACAACUUUGAAGUGUGGACAGCCACCACCCCCACCUACUGCUACGAAUGUGAGGGGCUGCUGUGGGGUAUCGCCCGGCAAGGCAUGCGCUGCUCUGAGUGCGGUGUCAAAUGCCACGAAAAGUGCCAGGAUCUGCUGAAUGCCGACUGUCUGCAGAGGGCUGCGGAGAAGAGCUCCAAGCAUGGGGCAGAGGACCGAACCCAGAACAUCAUCAUGGUCCUGAAGGACCGCAUGAAGAUCCGAGAGAGGAACAAACCAGAGAUCUUUGAGCAAAUCCAGGAAGUGUUCGGCCUUGACAAAGCAACACAUGCUACGCACAUGAAACAGAUCAAGCAGAGCGUGCUUGACGGGACCUCCAAGUGGUCAGCAAAGAUCAGCAUCACUGUGGUCUGUGCCCAGGGCCUGCAGGCUAAAGACAAAACAGGAUCCAGCGACCCGUAUGUCACUGUCCAAGUGGGUAAGACCAAGAAGAGGACCAAGACCAUCUACGGCAACCUCAACCCAGUCUGGGAAGAGAACUUCCACUUCGAAUGCCACAACUCGUCUGACCGCAUCAAGGUUCGCGUGUGGGAUGAGGAUGACGACAUCAAGUCUCGUGUGAAACAGAGGUUCAAACGUGAGAGCGAUGAUUUCCUGGGUCAAACCAUCAUUGAAGUCCGCACUCUGAGCGGGGAGAUGGACGUUUGGUACAACCUAGACAAGCGAACAGAUAAGUCUGCUGUGUCAGGAGCCAUCCGGAUGCACAUAAGUGUGGAGAUCAAAGGAGAGGAGACGGUGGCUCCUUACCAUGUCCAGUACACCUGUCUACAUGAGCACCUGUUCCAAUACACCACUGAGGAGCAGAAUGGCGGCGUAGUAAAGAUCCCUGAUGCCAAAGGGGACGAUGCCUGGAAGGUGUAUUUUGAGGAGACCGCUCAGGAGAUAGUCGAUGAGUUCGCCAUGCGAUACGGAGUCGAGUCCAUCUACCAGGCCAUGACCCACUUCGCCUGCUUGUCAUCUAAGUACAUGUGCCCAGGAGUGCCAGCCGUGAUGAGCACCCUGCUCGCCAACAUCAACGCUUACUACGCCCACACCACGCAGUCCUCCAACAAUGUUUCUGCCUCGGACAGAUUUGCUGCAUCAAACUUUGGCAAGGAGAGGUUCGUCAAACUACUGGAUCAGCUUCACAAUUCCCUGAGGAUCGACCUGUCCAUGUACCGGAAUAAUUUCCCUGCCAGCAGUCCUGAAAGACUCCAAGACCUCAAGUCUACUGUCGACCUGCUGACAAGCAUCACAUUCUUCAGGAUGAAGGUCCAGGAGCUUCAGAGUCCCCCCAGGGCGAGCCAGGUGGUGAAGGACUGUGUAAAAGCCUGUCUCAACUCCACCUAUGAGUACAUUUUCAACAACUGCCACGACCUCUACAACAGGGAAUACCAAACAGACCCUUCAAAGGCAGUCCCUCCAGAUGAGCAGGGUCCCAGCAUCAAAAACCUGGACUUCUGGUCAAAGCUCAUCACGCUCAUCGUUUCCAUCAUAGAGGAAGACAAAAACUCCUACACUCCUUGCCUUAAUCAGUUUCCCCAGGAACUGAACGUGGGCAAGAUCAGCGCUGAGGUCAUGUGGAAUAUGUUUGCACAAGAUAUGAAAUACGCCAUGGAAGAGCAUGAGAAAAACCGCCUGUGUAAAAGCGCAGAUUAUAUGAACUUGCACUUCAAGGUGAAGUGGCUCUAUAACGAGUACUGCAAGGAGCUGCCCACUUUCCAGAAGCAUGUACCUGAAUAUCCUGCCUGGUUCGAGCCAUUUGUCAUCAUGUGGUUGGACGAAAAUGAGGAAGUAUCCAGAGAUUUUCUACAUGGAGCCCUGGAAAGGGACAAAAAAGACGGGUUCCAGGUCACAUCAGAGCACGCUUUGUUCUCCUGCUCAGUGGUGGACGUGUUCUCUCAGCUCAAUCAGAGCUUUGAAAUCAUCCGCAAACUGGAGUGUCCAGACCCUCAGAUUGUCGGCAACUACAUGAAGAGAUUCGCCAAGACCAUCGGUAAUGUCCUGCUGUCCUACGCUGACAUCAUAGCAAAGGACUUUCCAAAUCAUGUCAAGAAGGAGAAAGUGCCAUGUAUCAUCAUCAAUAACAUCCAGCAGCUGAGAGUCCAGUUGGAGAAGAUGUUCGAGGCCAUGGGAGGCAAAGACCUCAAUGUGGAGGCUAGUGACUUUCUGAAGGAGCUGCAGAACAAACUCAACAACGUCAUGGACGACCUCAGCCACAUCUUUGCCGUCAGCUUCCAGCCCCAGAUUGAGGACAAUGUGAGGCAGAUGGGGGACAUACUUGCCCAGGUCAAGGGUCAGACUGUACCGGCCAAUGGCAGCGUGGUUCAGGAGGCGGACAACGUCCUUCAGCCCAUCAUGGACUUCCUGGACAGCAACCUGUCGCUGUUUGCUAAGAUCUGCGAGAAGACAGUUCUGAAGAGAGUGCUGAAGGAGCUGUGGAAACUGGUGAUGAACACAAUGGAGAAAACAAUCGUUCUUCCUACGCUCACUGACCAGACGGUUAUUGGCACCCAGAUGAUCUUCAAUGCUGCUAAGGAUUUAGGCCAGCUUUCCAAGCUCAAGGAACACAUGGGCCGAGAGGAGGCCAAAGCUCUGACUCCUAAACAGUGUGCAGUAAUAGAGCUGGCACUGGACACUAUUAAGCAAUACUUCCAUGCCGGUGGUGUGGGCCUGAAGAAAACAUUCUUGGAAAAGAGUCCAGACCUGCAGUCUCUGCGCUACGCCUUGUCUCUGUACACACAGGCCACAGACAAACUCAUCAGGAAGUUUGUCCUCUCACAGAACGCUCAGGUCCAUGGAGGGAAAGGGAUCAGGUACUCAGCAAAUGAAGACACACCACCGGAGAAACCAUCUGGAGUGGAUGCAGUUGGAGAGGUGGUCAUGCACGUGGACAUCUUACCCCAACCUAACGGAGAACAUAAGAUCAGUGUCAAAGUGGUGGCUGCUAAUGACCUGAAAUGGAAGGCGCAGGGUUUCCGGCCCUUCGUGGAAGUCUACAUCAUCGGUCCUCACCUCAGUGACAAGAAGAGGAAAUUUGCAACUAAGUCCAAGAACAACACCUGGUCACCUAAGUUCAAUGAGAGCUUCCAGUACUCCCUGGGUACCGAGGUUGGUCCAGAGAGCUACGAGCUGCAGGUGUGUGUGAAGGACUACUGCUUCGCCAGGGAGGACCGCACCGUUGGCAUGGGUGUGCUGCAGGUGAAGGACAUAGCCAACAAAAACAGCGUCACCUGCUGGAUGCCGCUGGGCAGGCGUGUCCACAUGGACGAGACGGGCUUGACGGUGCUGCGCAUCCUCUCACAGCGCAACAACGACGAUGUGGCGAAAGAGUUCGUCAAGCUCAAGUCGGACCAGCGCUCAGCAGAGGAAGGACGCAGCUGAAGGAGCAAGGAAGAGGAGCGCAUAUGUGCACAAAAACACCAGACGUACCUGAUAGACAUAGUAUUAUGCACACAUAUAGUUCUCCCACCUUCAUAGAUAAGACAACCAUGUGCAAUACACAAGCACACACAUGAAAAUGCUCUAUUGUACAUAUAUCUGCAUACAUUAUGCAACAUUUACAUUGCAACGUUAUCAAUGCAAACAUGGAGGAAUAUGUUUAUACAAAAAAAAAUCAUAUUUAAUUUUGAAUAUUUCGACAGCUGCCCUACUCAGACCUCUCGGUUUCGGGUUAGCCACACAUUAGCGAGCACUUGUCAAUCCCUCACUCAGCCUUUCCUAUAACACAUCACACCUUUUAUAUGCUGUACAUUUAGAUGUGAAAUAAUGCAACGCAGACAAACAAAACCAUGUGAAUAGUUUGAGAACGACCACUUUGCACUUUUGCUUCUCUGUGUCUUCAGGAGAGCAGUCCUCGCCCAGCUACGCUCUGUCCGUCUGUCCGCUUGCCUGCCUGACUGUGUGUCGUUCUUCCAGUCUGUCGUCCCCCCCUCCAAUCCCCUCCUCGCCCUCGUUUGCUCUGCGUAGUCUUUCCAUGGUGUGAUGUGUCGUGUAAGUUUGAGUUCAGGCACAGAUCUAAGAUCAGCUUCCUAAUGCCCAAAAACCCAAAUAGAGAAAAACCACAACACUGACCUUAGAUCAGUGUCCAGGGGCAACGUCACUGCUAGUCUGUCCUGUAAUGUACUAACGUCCUGCAUGUUGACCCCCCAGGAACACUGUGAUUCACUUUCCUGUAACCAUGGCAACUGUUCCCUUCCUCCCAUCAGAGAUGGGUGCCUCCAAUAUUUUACCUGUGUGAGCAUGGUGCAUAUAACCCCGGUACAAUAAGGUUUUAUAAUUACGAUCUGACUCACCUUCCUCAUCAUGAAGAAAAACACGCCAACAGUGGAAGAAAAAACGCUGAGUCUGAUAUGCGAUGUGUCGGAAGAGGCAGAAGUCGCGGCCACUUUUUCUCACUUCACAUCACGACAACGGAGCAAUACCCCAGCAUCUAACACAUCCACACCCCUAGAGUGCACAUUAACUCCAAAAAGGGCUACGGGAUCAGUGGACUGGGACGUCAGUUUACGCACUAACACAUACUGCCCAUGCUUCUUGUUUCCCCCACGUGCCCCAACCAACCACCCACCCUCCUACCUGCUCUGCCAUAAAAAUAAAAAAAAAACACGGCCACACUGCAGACACGCUAGGAUUCAGAAAGUCUUUCAUGAGUGACACUGUGGAGGAACUUUGAACAAAUCCACGUGAAGUCCAGAGGACACACGACGAUGCUCAGCGGAACACUCGUCCUCCUGAACGCCCGCACACGUAUCCAAACUCAUCUCUUAAAGGCAAUAGUGGUUUGUUUGUAUGUUCACUGAACCUCGUGGAUUUUAUGAAGAACAAACCCUCUGUGAACACUGCUGUGUCUUUUUGUUAUUGUGUGCCUGCAUGUGUGUGAAGGUGUGUGUGUGUGUGUGUGUGUGAGUGUGUGUGUGAGCUGCAAAAUGGGCUAUGAGAUUGUGAGCAAUAUAUUGUAUCUACACACCCAAAAUGUAUGCGCUGUCAAUAUAACUACAGGAGAACCAACCGCAAUAUCCAGAUCCAAGGAAUGGGAGACUUAUGAUUCUUUUUGGGGGUAUUUUUUGUAUAUCGCUGAGAUAUUUUCUUUACGGACUCAUAAAAAUGCCCGUUCCUGUUGGAAGUGUGCACGCUUUUUCUCUGAAGCACCAGACAUAUUUUAUGGAUAAGAGAGAGGGAAUGUGUUUUGUCCUUAAAUUACUAUUUGCCUUUAGUAGGACCAAAUUUGCACGAAGCAGAGCUCAUGUUUGUUUGUUUGUUUUUUCAAAGAAAGAAGCCAUCAGAGUCACCACCAAGAAUUUUAUGGUGUUCAAGUAUUAGUUUCAGUCUUGUCACGUGUGUUGAUGAACCCUUUUACCUUUCACUGCAAAAAGGUGAGCAAACACUCACGAUCGUAGUCCAGCUUGUCUUGUGGUCUCUUUGUGAAACUUAAUGAUGUCAGUGACAGCGAGUAAAAACGCUGCAGGAGCUUUUCCUGUUGCUGUGUGGAGACAUCACUGCUGGCCUGUCACGUGUUGUCUUUUAAUGAUUACUGUUGAAUUCUUACCAAAUACAAAUCCUCUGAAUGUUAUUUAUCCUCCAGCAGAGCCUUCUGUCUGCCAUCAAAGGGAUAGUUCAAUCCAGAGCCGCCUCAUGCCUUUUCGAUUUAGGCCUCCAAAUUUCACUCAACACAUACAAACAUUGAAUAAUGCGUUAAAUUUUUGGGUGAACUAGCCCUUUUAAAAAGGAGCUUGCCGUGCAGUUACAUUGUUUUAAUAUGUUGUCGUCUAAGCAAUCCCAGGUUACAGCCGAAAAAGCAACAAAAAAAAAAAGAAAAAAGAAUUGAUCGUCCGGUUCGGGGGCUUGUUGGUUGCCUGCUUCAUGUGCGUACACACACACGCACUGACGACACCUACACACACAUACAUACACACACACACACACACACACACACACACACACACACAUCUACACACCAAUCUAUGCUCAAGCACAAAGGGGCACAUGUAAGAUGACACACAUGCAUGCAUGCACGCCGACACAACUCUUGUGGAGACCAAUGAUGCCCACCCUGUGAAUAGAAUCAACUACAAUUGCAUGAUGGGAAACUUUAUUGUGCCAGCACGUGUCUCUUUGAUGUUUUAUUUUCUCCGUUUUUAAUUUCCAAACCUGUGUAAUGAUAAAUCAUCAAUGUGUUUUUGUUUUUGUUUUUUUUCUUUUCCAAAAGGCUUGUGAAUAUGUCAUCUGUAACCAAUAUGAAUGUAGUGUGAACACAGAAUUCGCAUGAGAGAAUUAUUUUCUACUGAGGAUGUUUCUAAUUUGUUUCUUAUCAUUAUUGAUCGUUCUUUAAUGAGGAUGAAGUGGAACUGGAAUGCAGCCCGAUUGUGAUCUGCUUCCUAUUAAAAGGACAUUUGUGUCACAAUCUAA